AUGAGGGGUUGUUUCGCGCUUUUGUUUCUUGCGCCUUUGGCGCAAUUUGUGCUUUACUGUGCCGCUGGCGCUCCGAUAGCGGCUCCGAGAAUGCAUGGUGACAAACUUCCAAGAACGUGCAAGCGCCAAAUGGACUUCUCCAUUGUCGUCGAUGAGUCCGCCAGUAUCUCGAAAGAAGAUUGGAAUGGUCGAAUGAUACCAUUCCUGGAGAACCUCAUUACAACGAUUGACCUCGACAACAGUGACAUCAGGAUCUCCUUGACGACGUACUCGACGCCCACGCGUUCGAUUUUCACGUUCCUCGACAAGGAGGCCAGCAACACGCAAUUGGCCAUUAAGCGCCUGCACGAGAUGCGUGACUCCAAACCCGCGUUUGGCAUGACCUACACUGGUAACGCGCUUUCGUUCGUCAGGAAGGCGGUGCUGCCCUACGGACGCAAAAACGUCCCUAAGGCGCUUCUGCUCGUCACUGAUGGCCUUUCUUCGGACUCCGACCUCACAGCGCAGGAGGCCGCCAUGAUCCGUGACGAGGGCGUCAAUGUGAUGGUUGUCGGUGUUGGCGAUGCUAGGAUCGAGGAGUGCCGCGGUAUUGUGGGCUGUGACGGCGUCAUGGAUUGCCCAAUGUUCAAGCACACUAACUGGAAGGAGAUGAUCAACAUAUUCCACGGGCUCAUGAAAGAGGUCUGUGACACGCUUCCCCAAGACGCCACCUGCAGACCGGUGUGGUCGGACUGGUCAGAGUGCAAUGCGCCAUGCAACGCCACCGGGACGCGCACGCGUACCUUGCGAACACUGGAAACCAUAACGAAGCCAAUCAUGGGCACGAACGGGCAACUGGGCCGUACGUGCAAGGAUCAAGAGAUGCUCACCCCGCCGCAAAGCGAGAGUUGCGUCGGCAAAUGCGCCAACGUUUCCGCUCCUGGACAUGACAUGCCGGCGCCGAUGUUAACCGGCAGACUUGCUGACGGGUCAUACGAUGAGUCCUACGGCACCUUUGCAUCAUGCACCAAACAUAAAUCUGGCGACGUGCCUGCGGAUAAGGACAUCAAGUGCGAUAGACGCAAGCAGAACAACGGGAAUUCAUCCGGCGCAGGUGCCUCGCAGACGCCACAGCAUAAGGUAGACUCAGCGAAAUCAGACAGACAGAUUCGGCCGCAACAGCCGAGUGCCCCGAUCAAGCCUCUACCAAGGAAACCCACGCCUGGGAAAGUUACGCACGUGAAGGACGAUUCGUCUAGCCAAGUCAGGCUCAGGGGAGACAUGGAUCCUACCGCUGGGGAAAAGGACAAUGCUAGGUUGGCCAAGUCGCCACCCACAACAAAGAAGCCGGUGGUUGUCACUGACUCAUCACAGAAAGUGCGCCGGACGGCAGUAGAUCCGAACUCCAGCCCAGAGGGCGGCAGGAAGACACCACAGUCACCGUCAAAACCCAAAGUCAACUCUGGUUCCGUUAACGUACCAGCUAAGCCCGGCAAAGCAUCUAAGGACUCUGUUACCGUGCCCGGUGGAUCUACCCUUGACCCCGACUACGGUUCCCACAAGUUCAAAACCGAAACGAAGAUGGACCCCCUGAGUGUCAAUGACAUCAACGGUUCGUCGACCACAUCAGGAGGGAAGUCGUCCGACUCGAAACCUGUGCCGAUGUCAUCGGGCGGCAAGAAGACACCGCAGUCACCGUCAGUGCCCAAAGUCAACUCUGGGUCCGUUAGCGUACCAGCUAAGCCCGGCAAAGCAUCUAAGGACUCUGUUACCGUGCCCGGUGGAUCUACCCUUGACCCCGACUACGGUUCCCACAAGUUCAAAACCGAAACGAAGAUGGACCCCCUGAGUGUCAAUGACAUCAACGGUUCGUCGACCACACCAGGAGGGAAGUCGUCCGACUCGAAACCUGUGCCGAUGUCAUCGGGAGCUACAAGAGGUGACAUGACCGACUCAGAACUUGACUCUGGGUCCGUUAGCGUACCAGCGAAGCCCGGCAAAGCAUCUAAGGACUCUGUUACCGUGCCCGGUGGAUCUACCCUUGAUCCUGACUACGGUUCCCACAAGUUCAAAACCGAAACGAAGAUGGACCCCCUGAGUGUCAAUGACAUCAACGGUUCGUCGACCACAUCACGAGUGGCAUCGUCCGACUCGACACCUGAACCGAUGUCAUCGGGAGCUACAAGAGGUGACAUGACCGACUCAGAACUUGACUCUAGGUCUGGUAUGAUGUCAACAGAGCCCGCAAGCCCAUCUGAAGACUCCGUUGACGUGACAGGUGGAUCGACCCUUGAUCCCGACUACGGUUCCCACAAGUUCAAAACCGACACAAAGAUGGACCCCAUGAGUGACGGUAGCAGCUUCCCAACGUCAGACCUAGGCAGGGAAGACGAGAGCGACAUGGGCGAAAUGACUGGCAGUGGCACCAGCCUGGAGCACAACACGAGUACCGGCAGCACCCCGCAGCAUCCGUCCGGUUAUGAGGGAUUGAAUGAUGCCGACAUGAGCGAUAUGACGCCUGAGGAAACGGAUUUGGCAGCCCAGGAGGAAAUGAGGCGCGAGCUCGAGGAGGAGCGCGAGGAAGACCUCAGACGGGAACUGGAGGAGCAGCAUAAGAAGGAGCGUGAAGCCGAGGAAAGGCUGAAGCAAGAGCUCAGCGCGAACAGCAACCCAGGCUCCGGCGAGCCGACUCCUACCUCUGGAUCAGACAUAACAUCUGAUGAAGAGGGAGCGACAACUGGUGAUGUAGACACAUCUGGUGACGAAGGCGCGACAACUGGUGAUGUAGACACAUCUGGUGACGAAGGCACGACAUCUGGUGGAGAAAACGCGACAACCGGUGAAAAUUCAUCAUCCGAUGACGGCGAUAACUCACUUCAUGGGUUCCACGUUUUGAGUGACAGCGCAGCGACUGAAUACGUCCCGCCAGUGAAAGCUGCUGAUAACGAAAGCGAUGAAGAAUCUACCGAGGGCGGUAGCAGCCGGUCGAGCAGCAACACGACGAAGAUUGCGGGAGGCGCCUUGCUAGGCCUUCUCCUGCUUGGCGCAGGAGGCGGGUACGCCAUGUACAAAAAGAACAAGGGCCCCGGCUUCGAGGCUGACCCAGGCGACUACGCUGGGGGCGACGAGAGCUCGCAACCCAUCAGGGACGCCGAAACGUACACCGUUACGGAAUUCGACAACAACAUUUGGGGAGAAGCCACCUGA